CUUCUCCUUCUCGGUACAAAAUAGUGAAGAUGCAAGGAGAUGGUUCGGGAUCGUCAAGGAGAAGGCAAAAUUCUGGUCGGAAAUUGUGUUUCUGUGGCUUGGAGGCAGCCAUAACACAAGAUUGGACAGACAAGAACUCAGGGCGACGAUUUUAUGGUUAUCAGCGUUUUAAGGUAUCCUAUCUGAUUAUAGAACUAGCAAUUCUGAUGGGAAAAUAACUUUACAAUUGAAAUUAUGGCAGGAGAAAAAUGGAUGCAAGUUCUUCGCAUGGUUUGAUGAAGAGGACGGAACAUUAUGGCAAAAACGAGCUUUGAUUGAAGCCCGGGAUGAGAUCCGAUAAAAGAGUAGAGUAAUUGCGCAGUUAAACGAAACAAUUGCAGAACUGAGAAGGAAUUUGGAGAAGAUACAAAAUGAAGAUGAAAUUGUUAGAAAGUUUGAAGAAUUCUAUGUUUAAGCGAUCUUACCAUGUAGUCUCUAAGUUUAAGUGUUUGUUUUACAACCUCUGUUUAACCGUUUUGGCAGUUAUGGCUAAGUGUUUUGGAACCUAUGUUUAAGAGAUAUAUUGGAAAACCGUGGAAAACUAGUAUAACAAGGUGUAACUAUGAUAGAAAUUGGCAUAAUUCGAAACAAUCCGAACUACAUAAGUCUUAAUACAGAAACACAUUCACCAAAAAUGAUAUAGCAGAUAACAAAUAUUUACAAACCUCAUAAGAAAAAAACUCAUCGUUUCAUGAGAAAUAGAUCAGUGAAGAUAUGCAUUGUAUAUAGUCUUUCCAAUAGCACUUUGUUAAUAAGAUCAGCUUAUAAAGAAGUAUUCUAUAGUUUUCAUGAUUUCAAAGAUAUUAUUGCACUAAUCAUUUAUGCUUACAUGGUAAUGCAGAAAAAUAACAAGUAAAACUUUCUUUACAAAUUUAAAUUAGACGUAAAACUAAAAAAUGUUGAAAUCACGAAAAGUAGAACUAUGAAGAAAAUUGGUAAAACCAGACACUUCAGUAUAACUAAGAGCAAAUAUUUCGGAGGGAGAAUAAAAAUUAUUUUUGCGCCUAAACGAAAAAAGCUAAAAUUUUCAAUUAUUUGGGUCAAAAAGUAGAUUCCCUCUUCUCUUUUAUCUGGUCUCGUCUCGUCUUUUCCUCUCUUUUCCCAGACACUUUUUCACUUCCCAAGCACUCUCUCUCUCUACUCUCUCUCACCAUUCAUACACUCUCUCUUUAUCCAUUCUCUUUCUAUAUUCUCUGAAGAUCCACGGUUUUACUCUUUGCCCUUUACUGAACAUGACUCAUCCGUAUGAAGAGAUGAAGAAGCUGGAGAAACACUACCACAUGUUAGGGUUAGUUUGCGAUGCCCAAUAUGGAAUUCCUACCCGUUGCCUAUGCGGUGGUGAAAUAAUGAUGAAUGUUUCUCCAACUCCGAAGUACAAAUCAGAUUUUGAUACCUUGCCUGGGAGUAGGUACUUCACCUGCAAGAAUUAUGAGGACGAUGGGUUGCACUUUCGUCAGCCAUGGGCUUUUGGUGUUCAACAAGAAAUGGAACGCCUAAGGGGGGAAGUGAAAGAGUUGGCUGAAGAGAUUGCUAAGCUUAAGAGGCUUAUUACCUCGACCUCCCGUCCAUGAGAUUCUCGACCUCACAAGUUCUGAGUUCAUAUGCUAAGAACCUUUUCUUCCCUACCUAUCUAUUUUUAUUAUUUCGGUUAAUACAAGUCUUUGUUUGUUAAGACUUGUGUAAGUUUAUGUGUUCAAUCUUAUGUUAUGCUCAAACUUAUGUUAUGUGAAGCAAUCUUAUGUUAAGCACUCUUAUGUUUAUCAAUUGGUAUUCUAUGUUUAGACUUUCAUCAUCAACCAUUAUUUUAAUAAAAUAAUUUCCUAGACUUUAUCAAUAGGUACUCUCUUAAACUAAUUUCCUAGACUUUAUCAAUUGGUACUCUCCUAGACUUUUACUAGCUCUCACUUGACCUACACAAUAAAAGUAAAAGCAUCCACAACAAAGAUAGCAUAUAUAGUCAUAACAUAGUUAAAAGUUCUAAAUCCACAUCACAAACAAAAAACACAUCAAAAGACAUCGUUUGUCUACUUCAUAAAAAACAUAAAACAAAGUUCUAACACACCAAGCAAGUUCUUCACUCUACUUCACUUCUUCAUGCGUUUAUGUUUCUUUGCUUUCCCUUAUGCUGGUGCUUCUUCUUCUGCUGCUUUAGCUUGUGCUUCCUUGACAAACUCCUCAAGCAGGGUCAAUCUCCCAUCCAAUUGGUCAACCUUCUUGUCAACUAUCCUCAUCACUUUCAUCGUUCUUUUCAGCAACUGCAUAACAUCUCCCAGUUGAAUCGACUGCUCACAUACUUCUAUUCCAUCCCCUGCUGCAGCUUCACUCGCUUCUAUCUGUUUUUCGCGUGCAGCUACAUCCUCGUCGUGCAUGUCUUGAAAAAGACCUUAUAGCCUGCAUCCAGACACUUCUCCCAACUGUCCACAGAUAAAUCAGAUUCAUCAACAUCGUCUUCAUCUUCCAAAAUGUCAUCCAAGAACCUUUCUUCUUGUGGAGUUCUGGUGGGGAUGAUGCUGUCGAUAUCCUGUCACAAACACAAUUAAUUUUGAAACAUAGCAACACACGCCUACC